ACCCUAAAAGAUUAUACGACCCACCAAUGGAUGUAGGCCGACUGGACAGUAACCAAAUUCGUAAUCAUAUGAAACCACGCCUCUAUUCGAUUACGUCAUAAUUUUCUUAGACGGUUUCGCGCUCGAUUGCAUAUGCACUCCUUGAAAAUACUGAUGCUUACCAUCAAAAACGAGAUGGAGAGCGAUUAUCAAAGUGUAUAUUUUGAAUUAUAAAGAAGGAGAGGAAUAAGACAAUCUGCCAGUAAACUCUUUCCCCGAGAAGAGAAGCGGAAAGGAGCCAUCAACGCCUUAGCCUGAUCAACUAUUGUCUUGUCAUAAUAGUUUACUACAUACACAUACUUUUUAAGCGGAAACACACAUUCGCACCAACCAUAAAGCACACGCAUGCGCAAAGAUGAUUUUCGCAGUUCUUUGGCUGAAUUCCCUUUUGGCAUGUGCCUUGAUGACGUCAGCCAUUCCACUUGAAGCCACCUCAUCCCGUGUGUCCAAUCACAGGACGAGCUCACAAGACAACACUGACUUUCAGCCAGAUAUUCAAAAGAGACAUGGCGAAGACCACGUGACGCUGUCUCCGGACUCUGAUUCGUCGGCUGCACAUUACGGCGCACAUCGUAUUGAUAGGACAGUACUAUUUCCACACGACACCACGUGGUGUGUGGCACGCCCCAUCAGUCAGGUGAUUGAGAGCCCCGGGUGCACGGCAGUAACGAUUCCAAAUAAGAUAUGUGCGGGGCAGUGUUACAGUUUCAGUGUUCCCAAGAUUUUUCCUCACGAUAUCCGAUCAGAAUUCAAAUCGUGUGAUUGCUGUCAGCCUUCAAGGGCUACAUGGGCAACGAUCCAACUGCCGUGCAAUAAUGCUGAAGACACUGCUCGUUACAAACGUGUCGAAAUCGUGGAACAAUGUGAAUGUGUGCCGUGUUCGUCAGCCACCUCGACGACGUCAUGGAGCACCACGUUGACCACCAUCAACGAAACAGACUCUUCUUCGUCGUAUGUCGAAAGCUCCAGCAUUCUUAGAAAUUGAGUUCACGACACCCCCGCUCCUGCCACUGUGAUGGUCGCAGGCCCAUCCCAGGGCCCAUAUUCAUGAAGCUUUAAGAAGUCGAGUAAUCUCCUAGCUUCGUACUUUGCCCUACGUAAGAAGGUGAUCACUGGACUUAUUCAGGUUUUGUGAACACGGGCCCUGCUUAACAAAAAUCGAGGUCGAUCGAGCUCCUAUGGAAGUCCAUUCAUGUCACUAAAAGAGAGUUUCACACCGCGGCCCAGAACGGAUCCAAGAACGCAGUAAAUGUAUAUACCUGCCAAUUGACAAAGAACAGCUGGGAGGUCUUAGUCGAAAAUGGUGUACUGGAACAACAGCUUCGUCCUAAGUUUCGGAGCUGACGAAUAUUUGCAAAUUUCUGGUGGUUCAUUGUCAUUAAGGGCAUUUGAUAAUGCAUUUUCUAUGUUCUUGAUUCCGUCGUGGAACGUACGUGAAACUUAAAGUCCCCAUUUGCCCUCAACAAUGUGCUGUGUGAAUAUUGAUGUAAGGAAAGACUGUGGUAAUGGAUAUUAAUUUUAGUCUCUGAAUUGUUUAUUCAGUUUGCUGAUGCAUUUCAGCAGACCAGUAACACGAGACCCGUAAUUGCGGAAUCAAACAGUGAUGUGAAAGGCCUGCCAUAUAUGAUGUAUAGUUUCGCGGCAUGUCGGUCAUUCUCAACCCAAUCACCAGCAAUGCUGUUCGUAAAGAUACGCAUGCCCAUUAUACAUAAUAAGCGACAAAACAAAAGUGAGAGGUAAACUUUCGGCUUCUAUUGUGAAAAAAAAUGACUCAAAUUCAAAACAAAGCAAACAGAAUUAUGGCGAAAACGAACCUUGAAAAAUCAAAUAAAAUGUUUGUUAACGAAAAAAAAAAUUGAUCUUCAUCUAAGUUUUUAAAUGGAAAACUUGUUUGACCUUUUUGACGUUUCAGAUUCUGAAUCGUUUCAGAUUCAAGUAAGUCAGUUCACCCACCCCUUUAAUCAUUUUAUUUUGGGGCGCUUUAACUAUACGAUAACGAGAUUUGAAUAUACAGUAUAUAUAGUUAACCUGACCUAUGUCAUAUACCUUAAUAGAAGAUAAUUAAUUGCAAAAAAAAAUCGACUAGGAAAAACAUUCAGCCAUGAUAAUUAUCAGAUUAGACAGUUACAUCACUGGCGGAUCCAGGGGGGGGGGGGCACGGCCGGCCCGUGCCCUCCCCCCCCCCCCUUUGAGAGGCACAAUUAAACUAAGUUUCGAAUGUAAAAAUGCCGUUUAAACACAAGUGUGUGGUGUGCCCCCCCCCUUGAACGUGAAGACUUUUUUUUUUGCUUGUCAAAGUUUUCCUCGGGAAAAUGUGCCCCCCCCCCCUUGAAAAUCCUGGAUCCGCCUCUGAAUUAUAUAAAACAACAAUUUGCCAUAAAUGUAUUUACGUGUCUUUUGGCAUAUAGUCGUGUGGUUAACACACACACUCCUAAGAACACUCAUGCAAACAAUUGUGUAAGAAAUGAAGAUGUAAUGUAUGUUGAGUGUGUAAUUGCUAAAUGCUGCGUAAAUUUUGUGCAAUGUCGUAAGGACUUUUACCUAAAUAUUUCACGCCUAAUAACCAGGCAUGUUUUAUUUUGUAUAAUAUUCAGUAAUCUUAAGACUUUUUUUAUUGUAAAAAGAUUAUAUGUGAAUGAUGCUAAAUCACGUCGAGGUAUUUUUGCAUGAGAACGUCACGCCUUCCGUUGAAAAUUGUGUGUGCAAAUUGUUUUGUGAAAUAAUCUAUGUCUCCUACAUGUCAUUAAAAUGUACCAUUAAUGAAUGAAUAAAAAUUGCAUGAAUAUCGUAAUGAAAUUAUUCCCUGAGUCAAAUAUUCAAAUUUGAUCUUUUCUAUACAUAAUGACUUUUUUGAAUAUCACGCUCAAUAAUAAAUUUGCUACAUAUCUACAGUUAGCCUUAAAGCCAGAGUCAUACAAGUUGUAAAGUUGAUUUCUAUCAUAGAAGUCUUACAUUUACAGUUAUGUAUACGUUAUUCAAAUUUGUUAUGAGAAGGUUAUGUAAUUUUCAUGGCACUUUCAAUAUUUGUAACUUUUAUACUUUUAAGGUUGUCAGUUUGCACAGAAGUAUAUUGAUUAUGUCACAGGUUAAUUUGUCGUCAUCUAUUUAUUAUCAUCAUAAUUAUGUACAUGGCAUAGAAAUUGAAAUACGCUAAUUAAUAUAGAUAAUAGUGUAUUUGCUAACAAUGAUGCAACAAUGAACAGAAAAAUGAUGCAACAAUGAACAGAAAAAUGAUUUGUCUAUGCUUAAUUCAUGAAAAAAGGUGCAGCCAGAAUAUUAAAAAAAAAUGUUUGUUCUUGUACAUGUCAGUUUUCUUAGAUGUAACUUACAAUGUCAAUACGAAGACACAGUCUCCGUCUGAAAGUUAUGUUUCACUUCUGUCACCUACACAACACAGUCUCAUUGACUCCCUGUAUAUAUGGUAUGCUAUUGUAAAUUGAGUAUCGUGGUGGUCAAUAUAAUAUUUCAUUCA